UGGAAAGAUGGUAGGCGACCUCGUCAUCGAUGAAGUAGAUGAUCGACUGUAUUUGUCUAGAGGGAGUAAAGGUUAGAGGUUGAAGUUGAAGUGUCCGGCAACAGAUGCACCACAUGUGUGAGAAGGUUGCAUAAAUUAUGGCUGCCAUAUAUUCUGGCAUUCAUCUGAAACUAAAGAGUCCUCACACCCCUUGGACUGACAAACUGAAGCUUGCUAGAUUUGCAUGGAUCUCACCGCAGUGUGUUCUUCCUAAUAAAGAACAAGUGUUAUUCGACUGGACCAGCCAUGCUCUCACUCUCUUUUAUAGCAAGAAAAUUGACUUGGCACAGGAUGUAGUAGAAGGCUUGUGGGUUUACUUUGAUGAUAUCAUACACAGCAAGAAACUACAGAAUGUCCUGAGUCAGGGAAAAACCAUCAGCCUGCGGAUAACAGUGGCACAGGUGAUUAAUGACCGAGUUCUCGAGCACAGCUCUGGCCAGCCCUCCGCCUCUCUGGCCACCGUGCUGAGCUGCCUGCGUGGCAUCCUGUCCUCGCCCGUCCUCUCGGUCACCUACACUGCCAAGUACGAGCUGCUGGGAGAGCUGCUGGCGCGCCUCUGCCACCUGGCGCGUGCCCGCCUGGGGCCUCAGCCCAGCGGGGCGCCGCCCCUGCCAGCCCACGAGCUGGAGGCGCUGCAGCUGACGCUGGCCACCUACCUGACGGUCCAGCGACAGCAGGCCAACGCCAACCGCGUCUUCACCCAGGUGACCACGUACCUCCUCCAGCCGCUCCUCGUGCUGCGCUACCUGCUGUCCACCAGGACGCGGGCGGAGGAGGAGGAGGACGGAGGAGGAGGAGGAGGAGGAGGAGGAGGAGGAGGAGGAGGAGGAGGAGGAGGAGGAGGAGGAGAGGCGCGGCUCAGGCAGCACGUCGGCAAGGAGAUCCGGAGCAAGGCGGACGCCGUCCUGCAGAUGGCGCUGUUCUCCGCCGACAACCUGCAGUCGUACAAGGACGAGCUGCUGCCCUCCAAAGAGGAGCCGGCGGCGGGCGGCAGGAAGGGCCGAGCGGGCAAAGGCCUGUCCACUCCUCUGGCCACCGUCCUGGCCAAGCUGUGCGCCCCGGGCUCCUGUGACCCCGAGGUGUUGUACCCGGUAGUGUCCACCUCACUUCCUCUGCUGUUUAAAUUUGCGCUGGACGCCUUCGGCAAGGGCGAGAACAAGCUGCUCUGCUUCCACCUGAUGACCAGGCUGGUGCGCGCGCUGGACUUCAACGACGACGGGACCCUCAAGGAGACGUUCGACGCGGCCAACUGGCCCCUCGCGCUGCUCGCCCUGGACAGCCUCCUGGCCGGCUGCCUCGCCGGGGACAUCUACAACGUGGCGGCCGACCGGAUCCAGCACGGCGAGGUGCAGCUGAAGUUCUACCGCGGCGUCACCCGGCUGCUGUUCGACAACGCGCAGACGUCCACGCCCGCCUGGCACCGGUGCCUGAAGACCCUCCUGGCGCUCAACCACAUGAUCGUGGAGCCCGACCUGGACGAGCUGGUGUCGGCCGCGUGGGUGGACGCCGACUGCGCCGAGCCCCGCGUGCGCAAGGCGCGCGACGCCCUCGUCGCCGCCGCGCUGACCACCUACGCCAAGCUGCGCCAGCUGCCGCGGCUUUUCGAGGAGCUGCUGGGCGUGGUGUGCCGGCCGGCGGUGGACGAGCUGCGGCCGCCGCUGCUGUCGGAGGCGGCGGGCCACGCGCUGGCCCGCUGCCUGCUGGACACGCCGGCCGGCCAGAGCCUGGAGCUGUGCGAGCUGGUCCUGGAGCGUCUCCACGGCGACGUGCUGACCGACGCCCGGGAGGGGGAGGAGGACGGCGGUGGCGACGCCGCGCUGAAGAUGUUCGCGCUGAGCACGCUCCUGCACGCCCUGCUCUUCAGCCUGAAGACGCUGGACAACGCCACGCCGCUGCCCGUGCUCCGGCAGACGCAGAGGCUCAUGGGAGAGAUGCUGGCGGCGCUCAAGCCGCUGCUGGAGUGGCUCAGGGGCGUGCCGCCCUCGGGCUCCCUCUGGGGUCAAAAGGUCACCGAGGCCAGCCUCUUGCUCACCUACACCUGGGUGGAGGUGGACUCCCUCUUCCAGAUGCACUGCAGUAAAUACUCGCUCUCCGGAGACUCGGCCAGCGGGGAGGUCAGCGAGGUCAGCGAGCCAGCAGAUGAAGGCCUCUGGCUGCUCUCCGAAGCACUGGUCAAGGACUGGGACCGGACGGCGCUGGACGGCUACAGCCCCGUUGGUCAACUCUUCCAGAAGUCUCUGGCCCUGCAGAUGAUGAAGAAAAUCCUCCUGAGGAGCGAUUUCGCCACCGACGUCGGCAACCUGGACGUCCUCCACAACGCUGCGCAGUUCAUCGUGGGCCACGAUGACCAGCCGUCGCCUGACCAGUUCGACCGGCUCUGGGACGGUCAGAUCAGCAGCGUGGACGCGGAGAGCUACCCAGCCGCCCACUGGUACCUGGUGACCACCAACCUGCCUCUCCUCGCUCCGUUCCUCACCGAUGAAGAUGUGGCUCAUUUGGCCGGCAUGCUCCUGAGAUCAGUGCUGUGUAGUGAUGCUGAAGAGAAGGGAGACAGACAGGGGCUGUGCGUGGCCGCCAUUUCAAAGCAGCUUCUAGCCAGCGCGCUUCUGGUCGAGUUGCCUGCCCUCUACUCGGCCGUGGUGCGCGGCGUCACGCGGAGUCUGACGCGGAUCUUUGACGCCCGGCGCGUCGGGAGCGUCUGCCCGUCUCUCCUGAAGACGGACGAGGAGUUCCGCGGCGACGUGGAGGCGAUGGCGGAUGAGUCCGCGGGCGACGGAGGCGUGGAUCCGGCCGUCGUCAAGAGGCUGGAGUCUGUCGCUCAGCAGGUCUUGACGGCGCUCGGGUCGGGGUCGCCGAUGGACCUCUCUGCGGCUCAAGUUGACGACCUUGCGCGCGCGCUGAAGGUCAGCGGCGCGUUAAAUGUGGACGGAAUGUCCCUGCAGGACUAUUCGGAGCUCUUUCUGGUCGCGUUCAUGAUGGUGACGUGCACGCAACCCUGCGGUGAUGUUGCCGUUCCGGUUAAAAUGGCCUUCCUGAGGGACUCCUUCUGCUUCCUGACCUCCCUGCUGACGAGGACAAAUGCCCAGGUCAUCCUGAAACUGGCCCGCGGGAGCAAACUGCUGGAGGGGGUCGUGACCUCGCUUUUGUCCCGCGCCAACGAGGGCCUGUUCGACGAGGUGGGCGACGCGGACUGGUCGUCGUUCCUGCAGUCGGUGCGCUCCCUCCUCCAGAGCCUGCUGCAGCUGAUCGUCGAGCGCAAGAGCAGCGUGCGCCUCAAUCUGGAGCAGUUCGCCGGCUUCCUGCUGCUCCAGAGCGAGGCGGUGACCGCCGCCGCAACCGUCGCCGCGGCGACGACAGCUGCGGCCGGCGGCGACAGGCCGAGGCUUCUCGCCCUGCAGCUGUCGCUGGCGGCGCUCGGCACGGCCGCUGACGUCAUGACCGCCGGCCUGGGUAAGAGCAAACAGCUGGACCAGACGCUCGUCCAGCUGCUGGGGAAGGUUCUCACGGUCACAGGGCCCGCUGUCCAGGCCAGCCUGACGGUGGCGGUGGGAGGGGCGGCCGGACGGGCCUUCUCGGUGGACAUGGUGGCGGGGAUGGUGCGCAGCGAGCUGGCCUGUCUCGAGCACCAGGCAGUGGAGGAGGAGGAGGAGGAGGAGGAGGAGGAGGAGAAGGAAAAGAAAGAAAAGAAGGGGAAGGGGACGGUGACGGUGACGGUGGAGACGAUUGAGACGAUGGAGACAGAGCAGCCCCCAACACUCAGCCACAUGGCACUGUACCGGAGCUGCGGCCUGCAGAUCCUCAAAGAGCUGUGCCCCGCCCCACGCCCCAUGGACUUCCUGUUGUCAUCUCUGCACUUCCUGUCAGCAUACUACAGCGCCUUGCAGAAGGCCAAGGAGCCCGGGAUCGGAGACGUCUUUGUGGACAUUUUGCACAACGUUCACAAAUUAUUGUCAGCUUCCUGGUUGUCUCGGGCCGAGCUGGAGCAGCUGCAGAGUCCAGUGAGGGAGCUCAUCGGUCAGCUGGUGGCCACCAGUUCCCUGGAGCAGUUCCACUCCCUCCUGCUGCUGCUGAGGGAGGGCCUGGACCUGUCAAAGGUCACGGAGGUCAACCACAGGGAGGUUUUCUCGGCGGUGACCGUCACCAGACUCCUUGCCAGCUGCCAGCUCCCAGAGUCCUGCUCCAAGGCAUUCUGGCUCAUCGCCCCUCAGAUCAUAUCGGCCCUGGUUUUCGUGGUGAAGGAAUCUGGGAAGGAGACAUCGCUGAUCUCUACCGUCACCGUCCCGGCACUGGAGGCUUUGUCAGUUUUACUCCGUCAGGGCGAAGGAAUGCUGUCCAACCCACACCAUGUCACCCUCGCUCUGGGGGCCGCACAGUUUGUCCCUCUGGAUCACCUGUCCGCCCCAGACUACCACGCAGCCUUCGAGGCCAUCCACGAGGUGCUGUUUGCCAUCCUUCAGUGCCAUUCACAGGUGAUGCUGACCGCAGCUCCAGCCUUCUUGAACUGUUUCUACCGACUCGUGGCCUCCAUAAUGGCCGAGGGGAAGCAGAGAGGAGAGGUGGACAGAGAGACGGACGGCGGGGAGCUGCUGAAGUGCGCUCGGCUGGUGGAGAGGAUGUACUCGCACGUGGCCGCCACCGCCGAAGGCUUCACCGUCCUCUCCUCCUUCAUGGUGGCACAGUACGUCAGCGAUCUGCAGAAGGUGACCCUCCGGCCAGAGAUCAAGGCCCACCUAACCGAGGGCAUCUACAGCAUCAUGGACCUGUGCGCCGAGCGCGACGUCAAGUUCCUCAACACCACCCUGCCGCCGGGGCUGCGCGAGGUCUUCAACGAGCUCUACGGCAGCUACCAGCAUUACCACAAGGCCCAGAGACAGGGAGAGGACAAGUACACCGCCUGAGAAGAAGGCAUCACAUUGGGGCAACAUAGAACUAUGUUAUGGAAAUCAUGUACAAUUUUACAAAAGUGUAAAUAGCUUUGCUUUUUUUAUUACAAUAUUGUAUUGGUUCAGAGAGACAUAAAAUAUGUC